AAUACGAUGUCAUCAUAAUUACACUUGAAUUGAUCUUGGUUAGCUGAACGAACUGAUAACAUUUGUUGGAUGACACCAUAGGUAACGCUUAUAACAAUAGCUUAUUUUCUGUUGCAUGUAGCAUUCAUCUUUGUUGUUAUUCCAAAAUACAACCCAUUAAGUGCGUAUGAUGUGAAGAAAUUACAAGAAAAGCAGCUAAAAGAAAGAUGGGUUCCGUGUCUCUUGGUGCGGGAUUAGGGCCAGGUGCUCUAGAAAUUGGAAGCAGAAAAAAUGACAGCAUAAGAUAUCUCUCAGAUGUAUAUUACAAAAUGCCUAUUGUCAUGAAAUAUAUUCCGGAGAAUAUCGUUGAUAAGUACGCUAGCUUGAGAAAUGAUAUCAAUAUAAUUGGUUAUAGCAUUCAGGGUGAAUACAACAAACUUACUUUCAUCAAUAUGGAUACACCAGCUGGAUACGUUACACAUGUAUUAGGCGUCUAUAAGCGUUACCAUACUCCACCUCCAAUGAUGGUUAUAUUGCCAGACUGCCUGCUUUAUUAAGUAUUGCUCAUAAUGGUUUUAAGACUACGAAACAUAUUUUAUCAAAGGUACAAUCCUGUAAAAGGCGGAUUACUCUAAUUAUCCCUGAUGACGAUGAUUUCUUACUUCCGUCAACGAUAGAAUCAAGCUCAGGCUCAUUAGCAAAAGCAUGUAAAACAUCAAAAGCAUCUAGUUCAACAAUAAAAUAAGUGUGUAAAGAAUAAAUCCACAAGUUAGAUUACCGACAAUGGCCCCUUAGACAACAUAGUGUUGUUAAGAGAGUAGAAUCAUAAUCA